UCCGGUCUGGCCGUCAGUGCUUUUGUCCCGCCAGCGGCCGGGCGUUCGCGGCGCCGCCACCGCCAUGUUACAUUUGAAGGCGAAGAGUACUGAAGAGGAUGGAUCAACUGAAAAAUAUGAAAAUUUUGGAAAUGCAGAAUUCAAGUGGCAAAAAAUGGAAGGUCUUCACAAGGAUUAUGUGCGGGAAUCUAAAUUUGAUGAAGCUUGUGAUUUGGAUAGCAUGGUAGAGAAUCGUUUGGAAAAGUAUGAAGGGAAAAGAGUGAAGGAAGAGAAAAGUGACACUGAGGAAAAGAUUGACAAAGCCAAUAACACAGCAAAUAUAAUUAUAAAACAGGAAAAUGAGGCAUUUGAAAACAGCUUACAUUUGACCUCAAAACAUGUUACACAUAAGACUAUCUGUAUAGAACAGAAGAACAUCGAGCAAAGCAAAUGUAUGGACAUUAAUGGACACUCUCACCCCAAUCUACAACAGAAAACCCGUGCUGUUCAGAAAUCACACAAAUGUGAUGAAUGUGGGAAAUCCUUCAAAUAUAAUUCCCGCCUAGUUCAACAUAAAAUUAUGCACACUGGGGAAAAGCGCUAUGAGUGUGAUGACUGUGGAGGGACAUUUCGGAGCAGCUCAAGCCUUCGAGUCCACAAACGGAUCCAUACUGGGGAGAAACCAUACAAGUGUGAAGAAUGUGGAAAAGCCUACAUGUCUUACUCCAGCCUUAUAAACCACAAAAGUACCCAUUCUGGAGAGAAGAACUGUAAGUGUGAUGAGUGUGGAAAAUCCUUCAAUUAUAGCUCUGUGUUGGACCAACAUAAAAGAAUUCACACUGGGGAGAAGCCCUAUGAAUGUGGUGAAUGUGGGAAGGCAUUUAGGAACAGUUCUGGUCUCAGAGUCCACAAAAGGAUCCACACAGGGGAGAAGCCCUAUGAAUGCGACAUUUGUGGGAAGACCUUCAGUAAUAGCUCUGGUCUUAGGGUCCACAAAAGGAUCCACACAGGUGAGAAGCCCUAUGAAUGUGAUCAAUGUGGGAAGGCCUUCAUUACUUGCAGAACACUUCUAAACCAUAAGAGCAUCCACUUUGGAGAUAAACCCUAUAAAUGUGAUGAGUGUGAGAAAUCUUUUAAUUAUAGUUCUCUCCUUAUUCAACAUAAAGUCAUCCACACUGGAGAGAAACCAUAUGAAUGUGAUGAAUGUGGAAAGGCCUUCAGAAACAGCUCAGGCCUUAUAGUGCAUAAAAGGAUCCACACAGGAGAGAAACCUUAUAAGUGUGAUGUCUGUGGCAAAGCAUUCAGCUAUAGCUCAGGCCUCGCAGUACAUAAGAGCAUUCACCCCGGGAAAAAAGCUCAUGAAUGUAAGGAGUGUGGAAAAUCCUUCAGUUAUAACUCACUUCUUCUUCAACAUAGAACCAUUCACACUGGAGAGAGACCUUUUGUAUGUGAUGUGUGUGGGAAAACCUUUAGAAACAAUUCAGGCCUCAAAGUCCACAGAAGGAUUCAUACUGGCGAAAAACCUUAUAAAUGUGAGGUGUGUGGGAAAGCCUAUAUCUCACGCUCUAGCCUUAAAAAUCACAAAGGAAUCCAUCUUGGAGAGAAGCCCUAUAAAUGCAGCUAUUGUGAGAAAUCCUUCAAUUACAGCUCUGCCCUUGAACAACAUAAAAGGAUUCAUACAAGGGAGAAACCCUUUGGAUGUAAUGAGUGUGGAAAAGCCUUCAGAAAUAAUUCGGGCCUUAAAGUACACAAACGAAUCCACACAGGGGAGAGACCUUACAAAUGUGAAGAGUGUGGGAAAGCUUACAUCUCACUUUCAAGCCUUAUAAAUCAUAAAAGUGUGCAUCCUGGGGAGAAGCCCUACAAGUGUGAUGAGUGUGAGAAGGCCUUCAUCACAUACCGAACCCUAGUGAACCACAAAAAAAUUCAUCUUGGGGAAAAGCCCUUCAAAUGUGACGUUUGUGAGAAAUCUUUUAAUUACACCUCACUCCUUUCUCAGCAUAAAAGGGUCCACACUAGAGAGAAGCCGUUUGAGUGUGACAGAUGUGAGAAGGUCUUCAGAAACAACUCAAGCCUUAAAGUACACAAAAGAAUCCAUACUGGAGAGAAGCCCUAUGAAUGUGAUGUGUGUGGAAAAGCCUACAUCUCACACUCAAGCCUUAUUAACCACAAAAGUACCCACCCUGGCAAGACACCCUUUACAUGUGAUGAAUGUGGAAAAGCUUUUUUCUCAAGUCGAACUCUUCUAAGCCAUAAAAGAGUCCAUCUUGGGGAGAAACCCUUUAAAUGUGUUGAAUGUGGAAAAUCUUUCAGUUACAGCUCACUCCUUUCUCAACACAAGAGGAUCCACACAGGGGAGAAGCCCUAUAUCUGUGAUUGGUGUGGGAAGGCCUUCAGGAACAGCUCAGGCCUGACAGUGCACAAAAGGAUUCAUACAGGCGAGAAACCCUAUGAAUGUGAUGAGUGUGGUAAGGCAUACAUCUCACACUCGAGUCUUAUCAACCAUAAAGGUGUCCACCGAGGGAAGCAACCGUAUAAUUGUGAGUGUGGGAAAUCCUUCAAUUACAGAUCUGUCCUUGACCAACACAAAAGGAUCCACACUGGAAAGAAGCCAUACAGAUGUAGUGAGUGUGGGAAGGUUUUUAAUAUCAGAUCAAAUCUUAACAAACAUAAAAGGACCCAUAGUGGUGUGGAAUCUUUAAAUGUGAUAUAUGUGGGAAGUCAUUAUAACACAUCACAAAUGGGACCCCUCGAUGGAGGGAAUUUCUGGAUGGGACCAGUAUAAGGAUGUCUGUAGAAGCCAGAGCUUAACAAGUCUCAAAGAGCUCAAAGAAGAAGAAAACCUUAAAAAUGGAAGAAUGUCUAAUAUCCUUACUUUUGACUUAUAAUUUACAUUGUCUAAAGGAAAUUCUAGAUGAUUGUGAGUAUUCUUUUCAAUGUAAUUCUUAGUCAUAGUCAAUGAGAAAGGCUCCUCACUGUAAAGAUAAUUGAGCCUUUAUGGAAUACAAAAUAGUUCAUAAUGAGGAUACAAUAUCUCAAGGUGGUGGUGUAUGAAGAGAGUCUUCAAAAUAAGCAGAGACAUUUCUGGAUAUUGAAGAAAACCCAUGGAUAAGAAAAGGACUUGAAUUGGGAAUCACAUAAUUGCUAUCAGAAAUUUCAUAUUUGGGUACAUUUUGUGAAUAGAAAUGUAGUCAAUUUAGGUAUUGCUUUGAAUCUUAAUUAUAUAUUGGUCAGUGGAAAAGUCCAAGAAGGGUCCCCAAAAGGCAAAUUCAGGGCAGGACCAGUUUCAGGGUAUAUAAUAGUGAUCAUGAAGUAUGAUUUAAGGGUGAUGACAACUUGUGAAACAAAAUUUGGAUUUCAUUAUAAGAAAAAAAAAGUGUAGACAUAAAAUUACGAGGAAAUAGUGUUAGACUUAAACACUAUGAUUGGACAUUUUAGAAACUGACCCCCCUCAAAUGAUGAUGAAUAUGUAAUGAAGGUGAAAGACUUAAAAGCUGUAUUCAUGCUAUAAUUAGAGGUUCCAUUGUAUGUUGCAUUUCAGCACAUUCAAUAAAUAUGGGAUUCAUCUUCUACAUGAUUUGCACCUUACGCGAUAGGAAGAAUUGAUUCAGGGAUUUUUGUGAAUAAAUAUGCUGGGAAGGAGGGCAUUUCAUUGCAGGAGUUAAACUAAGUAGCUACCAUUGAUUAAAUUUAUGCUUCAUAAAUAAUACUGUUAAAUGUUUGUUUUGUAAUGUGUUAUUGUGAGGAUUUUAUGCACUGCAUAUGUAUUUUGUCUGUUGUAAAAUGUUAUAAUUCUCUGACAAGGAUUACUCUCUGUCAUAAAGGCCAGCAAAUUAUGAUGAGGUAAUGUGGAACUCCCAAUAAAGAAAUUCCUCAAGUGUAAA